AUGGCGCGCAAGGUCCUGUGCCGCCUGCUGGUGGCUGCCGUAGCAGCGUGCCUCGCCGCGACGGUCCGGGCGGGGUGGCUGAGGGGCUCGGCGACGUUCUACGGCGGGGCCAACGCCGCCGGCACAAUGGGUGGCGCGUGCGGGUACGGCGACCUGUACUCGGCGGGGUACGGCACGGACACGGCGGCGCUGAGCUCGGCGCUGUUCAACGACGGCGCGGCGUGCGGGGAGUGCUACCAGGUGCAGUGCGACCAGAAGAACAGCCAGUGGUGCAAGCCGGGCGUGACGGUGACGGUCACCGCCACCAACCUGUGCCCGGCCGACUACUCCCAGCCCAGCAACGACGGCGGCUGGUGCAACCCGCCGCGGCAGCACUUCGACAUGUCCCAGCCCGUCUGGGAGAAGAUCGGCGUCUACAGCGGCGGCAUCAUCCCGGUCUUCUUCCAGAGGACGGCGUGCGUGAAGCAGGGAGGGGUGCGGUUCACGGUGACCGGCUCCAACUACUUCGUGCUGGUGCUCAUCACCAACGUCGCCGGCAGCGGGUCGGUGAAGGCGGUGUGGGUGAAGGGGAGCGCCACGGACAGGAUGCCCAUGGCCAGGAACUGGGGCGCCAACUGGCAGUCGCUCGCGGGGCUCGCCGGCCAGGCGCUCACCUUCGGCGUCACCUCCACCGAUGGCCGCACCGUCGUCGUCCCCGACGUCGUGCCGGCCUGGUGGAAGUUCGGGCAGUCCUUCACCUCCGGCGUCCAGUUCCCCAUCUGA